AUGCCUGACGCAGCAGGUCUGCCGGACGACGCGCUCUGGCGGCCAUGGGCGGACCUCCCUUUGGAUCUCCUCCGCGACAUCUCGCGCCGCCUCCACGCCACCACCGACUACGUCCGCUUCCACGCCACGUGCAAGCCCUGGCGCGACACGCUUCCGCCGGCGCCGUGCUAUCCCGCGUUCCUGCCAUGGCUACUCGCGCCGCCGGACUCCGCCAAGCACCGGAUGGCUCGCUGCGUCUUCUCCUCCUCCAGAUCGACCCGCCGUGGCACCAGCGCCGCCACUGAGAUAUCGGUUCGAGAUAGGAGGUGGGUGAUCAGCCUGGUAGACGGCACUGCCGUCUCUACCCUCACCAGUAUCUGUUCCGGUUCCGGCCCUAGCGGCAGCGGCCUCACCGCCGGCGUCGAUGUCGCCGACCCUCUCACUGGAUCUGCUUCAUCUGCAUCGGCCACACCCCUACCCCUACCUCCCUUUUCAUGUGACGAUGAGAUCAAGUGGUGGGUGGACCACGCCGAUGCCGUGGUCUGCGGCGACGGCACAAUCUUUCUAUAUUUGUUUGGUCCCGUCCACCGCAGGUCGUAUUACCUGCCGGUGUUCAACGCUGCCCUCCUGCGUCCUGGCGAUACGGCGUGGACAAUGGUGCAUAAACAGUACCUGGGCAUAUCCUCCAUAGGAGACGACCCCUGCAGCUGCAUUGCCCAUCACGAUGGGAAGAUCGUCGCACGCUACAGGAACUGGUGUUCGCACUACAUUGAGACAAGGCAGGUCGACCACGGCCAGUGGGUAACCCCAUUGCCAUCUCAUUAUGGCAAGGCAUUGCAGGCCAGCUACCUCUUGGAGUCUCGAGGCGAGCUUCUUCUAGCAAAUGUCCUAGCAAAUCAUGCGCACAGUUAUACCAUAGCCAGCUUUGUGGACGGGCUGUCGGUUUCAGUCCACGCGCUGCAGGAGGCGGAAGGCGGAAAAACACAGUGGGUGAAGAGGGACGGCCCGAGCUUGGCUGAUCGCGUCAUGUUCCUCGGGAGUCCAAGCAGCUUUGCUGUGGAUGCCGCGCGGUUUGGCGAGAUCAGUGGUGGUGGCUGCGCCUAUUUCGUCCUCAAGAGCGAGCUCUAUGGGGGGAUCUGGAGCAAGUUGGCCGUCAAACGCUGCCGUGUGUUCAAGUACAGCUUCCUGGACCAUAGGUCAGAACUCAUCGAGCAGCUCCCGGCUGAAUGGGACAACGACGCCUGCAUGUGGCUCACGCCGCCACAACCUUCCAUCGCUUCAACUGAGGAAAUUAGAGAGAUGAUUGAGCCUUCACACACAAAGGCUGCAGGAGGGCCACAAUUCGGACCUUAUUUCAGGAUUUAUGUGGGCAAUCUGCCACGGAAUGUGGAUAGCUAUCGACUGGGACAGUUCUUCAUCAAGUAUGGCAAGGUAGCAGAAGCAAGGGUCAUGUGCCACAUAAAAACCAAGCGUUCACGAGGUUUUGGGUUUGUGACCUUGGCGACUGUAGUUGAUCAUGAGCAUGAGCAGGAACAUGCUAUUGCUAAGCUGGAUGGACAGAUUUUGGACGGGCGUCCCGUGCGAGUGAAGUUUGCAGAUCAGAAGCAGCCACAUGUAGCUUGCUAG